CGGGCGAUGCCUGCGACCGCGUCGAGAUUUUCCGGCGCCAUCACUUUCCAGUAUCAUGAUUCUCCCAUCAUAGAGCAUAAAUCUGCUUUCUUGAAUGACUGCCGGAAUCAUGUUUCUAUCAACUAUCCUUCGCAACGUUACUCGGUCCGAGCUCGCUGGCGAGCGCUAUGCCCUCUGCGACUGUCGAAAUUAUCUGACUCGGUACAGAGCCUUUCCCAACCACAGAUACCAGAAUGCGACGCAAUUCAGUACGCUCUCCGGGCAUCGCACGCCCGACGUCGAAGCAGAUCUCUCUUCACAGCAUAUUGUGAACUCAACUACGGAGAAACAUCGUCCAUCGCAUUCGAACAAGAAAGCGCAAGACCGGGCGCGGAAGCCGAAACCCAAAACCAACACAGCAGAGUCCUCGAACAGCGUGGACCCCAAGACCUCAAAGUCCUCUCGUACGAAGAAACGCUCAGAUGUGGGCCAGACACACUCACAGCCGAAACCGAAGAAGAAGCGGGAGCACUGGCAAAUUCAAAAAUCCGCUUUGCAAGAUAAAUUCAAGGAUGGAUGGAACCCAGUCAAGAAACUAUCGCCGGAUGCUCUUGACGGGAUUCGGCAUCUACAUUCUAUUGCCCCAGAAAAAUUCACCACCCCCGUUCUCGCAGAGCAGUUCGAGGUGUCGCCGGAAGCCAUUCGACGGAUUCUGAAGAGCAAAUGGCGAGCUACUGAGGCUGAGCUGGAGAGUCGACGUCAACGAUGGGAAAAACGACACGAUCGGAUCUGGAGUCAUCUGACCCAGCUGGGACUACGACCGAAAACGAAACGCACCGCCCCCUACGACGACGUCGGUAUACUGUACGAUAAGAGUGGCAGCGGUGACCGGUGACGAGGGUCUGCCGUGGAGGACAGACCUGUAGUGGAUGCACUACAGGGAAGGAGUCGAGGUCGUCGCAUUGUAUUUAUAGUCACCAUGUAUAUAAGUAUAAGUUCUCAUUACUACCCCUGUAUAAUAUCAGACAGAAGAAUUGGAGUUGUUCUUGG